AUGUGGGGGUGCCAGUGGAGCCUUAACUUCGCUCAACGUGUUGACAACUGCCCUGGAUUGGAGCUCCCAGACAACACUGAGAUUGUGGCUGCAGUGGGGAAAUUUCACUUGAGCGCUCAUAAACUUGCCUGUUUUGCUAGAUACAGCUUAAACUUCAUUCAAGGAGCUGGGCAAGUUGACGGGGAAAUUCUGGAGACACUUUGGGCUCCCUUUAACAAGAUAUCUCCCACAGCACGUUCUAUGAGCCAAGCACACCGUCAAGAAAUUCUUGAUGAUCAUAUGCGUAACUCAAAUUGGAAAAAACUUGUCAGAAUAGUUAAGACGCUCUUGAGAAAGUACAAACGGGCCAACAAGGGCAUUGAAGACACUAGGGUGCCAUUUGAAGAGCUUACAGGAUCUUUGGAUGUCAUCAAAGUGAGGGCAUGGGAAAAAGAUGAGGAGAAGGCAAAAGAAGAACGUGGAGAACAUCUCGACAUCUACCAGCUAAAGAUAGCUAAAGGGAGGUUGGGAUCAAUUUCUUGGCUCAUUGACGGCAUCAAUAUAGAGGAUUCACAGGAUGCACUCAGGGUAGCUAUUCGGCAGCUUCCCAAAGAUGCAUCUGCAGUUCAAAAGGCUGCAGUUCAAGUGAAACGACAAAAACUGGCUGCACGUAUUUCGAAAUUUCAUGAAAUUGCUGAUGCUAUGACAGAGGGCAUUGAAGUCCAUGGGGGUACUGAGCACAUGGAUGACAUCAGAUUUUGCACUACAGAUGUGGUGGAGGAAGUACGCGAGGCUGCAGAUAUUGAAGAUGUGUUGGAAGAGAUUGAUGAGGAAGUUCCUGCAGAAGCCAUGGGCAUUUGGAUGCCAUCUUCAGUGCUCCGAAAUGAGGCUUUAGCCCUGGGCUUGCACACUCUGCAAGCUGAAGAACUGGAGUUACGAAAGGGUCAAGCAAAUGAUUGCUUGGAAAAGUUACGGCAGGCUCUCGGUCAUAAAGCGAUAAUUUACCGUCAACAUUUCCGAAGUGCAGAUUCCACAUGGACAGGAACCAGGUCAAAGCAGGAGGCUCUACGAUGCCGUAUCAAAAUAGAGAAGUGUGUCCGAAGGUAUCAAAGGGAAAGGGGUUCAAUGCAGAGACUAGGGGCUGAUGAAGAUACUCUGAGGACGAUUUAUCAAGACAUUCAGCCACACCAGCUCAGUGUGGACAAGGAAGUGACGGAAGAGAACAGAUAUGGACAGGGAUCAGACAGACUGGCUUGGUUUUGGCUAGUCAAUAAUGGUCAUGAUUCGCAGGAAGAUGUUUGGAUGGAUGAAUUCUACAGGGUAAAUUGGUUGAAAGCUAAGGCUAGAUGGCAAAGGUGGGAGGAGGAGUUGAGAUUGGUCCAACACGAAAUGGGUUGGACAGUGCUCUUGUGGGGAAGAUUUGCAUUGGAUGCUGAAAAUUCAUUCAAAGACAAGAUGAUUGUAGUCACUUAA